GUGCUUUAUAGCAAAAUUGCCAUCGCUUUGUGGCGUAGUUCGCACGGUCUUUCGCAUCAUUUAGUUACCCAGCAUGAGCAGCAGCAGCAGGCGCAGCACCAACAAGAGCAGCAAGAGCUAGACGAAAGCAUGAGUUUGCAUAACAGCAUGUAUCAACAUCAACAUCAACAUCUACAUCAACAUCAACAUGCAAAUCAACACAACCACAGUCUCAAACAAAACCAUCAUCAACAUCAUCAUCUCAACCAUCAUCAUCACCAUCACAUGCCGCAAAAUCAUCAUCCACCGUCGUCGAUUCUACAGGCCACCAUCAAUCACCAUCAAAAUCACCUGCAACAGACACAAACAGCGCAACAGUUGCCAGCAGCUGCACUAGCGAUUGGUACACCUGAAGUGGGCGUGGGCGUGGGCGUGGGCNUAAAUUACGUCACUCUACAAGUAGUACUCUAG